GAAGCAUGAGAGCGCUUUGCUGUGGCAGCCACGGCUCCAGCACCACCCCCAAGCCUCGGUCGCUCCUGGGGAGAGCUCAUGGUGCCCAAAGCUGAAUCCGUGGUAGGCGGAGAGGAAGAGAGAGAGGGCGGCUGAGCUACCUGGGGUGAAAAGAGGCGUCGGGACUUUGCUGAGCUCAGGUGUGCAGACCACUGUGUUCAUUACAAACAGGAACCAGGACAGGAGAGUGGAAGGACGGCUAUGAGUAGUCCCAGUGCCAAGCCAACAUGUCUGUCACAGCCUGUGGUGAAGAGUGUGAUGGUAUAUCGCAAUGGAGACCCUUUCUUCCCUGGGCGCCGUGUUGUUAUCCAUGAGAAGAAGGUGUCUAGUUUCGAUGUCUUUCUAAAAGAAGUGACAGGUGGGGUGAAUGCUUCUUUUGGGGCUGUACGGAAUAUUUAUACACCCCGUGGUGGGCAUCGCAUCCGGCAGCUAGAUGAGAUUCAAAGUGGAGAGCACUAUGUUGCUGGUGGCAGAGAAGCCUUCAAAAAACUAAAUUACUUGGAUAUUGGAGAGCCAAAGAAACGACCUGUGGAAAUUAAUAAUGAGUUAGCUCUGGAAGAUGUGAAGCCAGUUACCCACAGCAGAAUCAAUGUGUCUGCACGCUUUCGAAAACCACUUCAGGAGCCAUGCACUGUAUUCCUGAUUGCUAAUGGUGAUCUCAUAAACCCAGCAGUGCGUCUUUUCAUCCCAAGAAAAGCACUAAAUCAGUGGGAUCGUGUUCUUGAAAUGGUUACUGAAAAAGUUACACUCAGAAGUGGAGCUGUGCACAGGCUUUACACUUUAGAUGGAAAACCUGUUGAAAGUGGGUUGGAUUUGGAAAAUGGUCAGUUUUAUGUAGCAGUUGGCAGAGAUAAGUUUAAGAAAUUGCCAUACGGUGAAUUAUUGUUCAGCAAGUCCACAGUGAAGAGAUCUUACGGCUCAAAGUCAUCCUCACUACCACCUAUUGGUGGAUCUGGAAAAUCAAAGGGGAGUUCAAAAUCUACUGACACAGGAGACACAGUGUCUUCUCCUCAACCUCCAAAGAGAAAGGAGAAGAUUGGACACAAUCAAGAGUCUAAAAAACCUACAAAAUCAAAAGAAAAUGCAAAAACUGUGACCAAAUCUUAUGUUUUUCCAGAUAAUGAUGAUGGUGUUUACAAAGCUGGAGAAAAGCGAUUUGAAAUGCGAGGGGCAGCAGAAGUCCAGGAAGAUGAAGACACUCAAACUGAGGUCCCAGUUGACCAGCGGCCAGCAGAAACUGUGGAUGAGGAAGAAAAUGUAGCACCAGAAUAUAAAGCUUUGAAUCAAGGAGAAUAUUCAGCAAUGAAUGGAGAUGCUGAUCAGAGUGGAGAAAUUGGGGAAGAUAUCAGUGGAAUGGAAGAAGACAAAGAGAAACAGAAUGACCAUUAUGAAGAUGAAUUACAAGGGCAGAACCUUGACCAAGCAGGACAAGAAGAGGCUAAUGGCCACCUGCAUGGUAACACAAAUGAAGAAAAUGGUGAGGUAAUGGAUCCCAGUAGUCAUCCAGAAGAAACAAAAGAAGGUAUUGAUGAUCAAAUCCAGGUUGAUACCAAUUAUGAAAAAAUCUCAGCCCCAAGAGUCACCAUCACCAGUCCACAAGAAAGUGAGAAAAAUGAGCAAACCAGUGACUAUGCAGCAGUAGCAUAGGCAUAUUUUAAAAGAUAUAAGUUAUCAGAAAAUGAAGAAUUUUAUGUUUGGAACAAACGGCAUCAUUUUCUGUGUUUGAUUAAUUUACAACACAAUAAUAUGAUGGAACUUUUUACCCAUUGAGCCUUGACAUGAAAAUAGUAUUCAGACAUAGAUAAUUAAAUGGACAUUCCUUAAAAGGAAGUUUAAAUUGUAAAUACAGGCAUGGGUUUUCCUCUGAUACAAAAUUUAAGGGAAAACAUAUAUUAAUAAAUAGGGUCAUUAUGGAACAUUAAAUAUUGAAACAUUAGCCUUAGGUAAGCUCAUAAGAAAGAUAGGUAAAAAAUAGAGCUAAGAGAGCUAAGUAAUAUUUUUGUGUCUUUUAAAAAUAUGUUAAACAUUUUUAAGGUGAUUUAAUCUCUACUUAUAUAAGCUGCAGUAUAUUUAAAGGACCUAUAUUACAGGUAGGAGCCUGACUCCUUGUGAUAUGGUGAAUGUGGCUAGAAAAUUUCAGCAGUAAAGACUAUGUUACACUUGAUAAAAUACCUGAAUUGACCUCUGCUGUAUUUAAGGGCCUUUUCUAUUACACUCAUUUUAUAUUUACCUGUGGAUCUGCUCUCCUCACUGAAACUGAUGGGAAGACCAUUGCAUAUAUAAGGUGUUCCAUAUACUGAUUGGAGCCCUCAUGUCUUUAAUGAAUUGCUGAAUCAGUUGGCAGAAUGUGGUCACAAGAUGAAGAAUGUUUAAUAGGUCAGUUAACUGUUAAUUAAGGUGCAUGAAGUAGGAUUUCUAUUAUUAGAAUAGAGAUCCUACUUCAUGCACCUCAAUUGACAUAUCCUGUGUGCAGUUACAUUAUAGUGAAUUCUGAUGGUUGGAUGCAGAUUAUUUACAAGUAAAUAUACUCAUGGGUUCAUCCAACAUUUCUUUGUUCUGUGCAGGUUAUGCUUGUUUAAGUCAAAGAUUCCUCCAAUGGGCUGGCCAUGAGGAACAAUUUGAAUAAUCACGGCAAGUUGCUAUAUAAACUUACCAUUGAUGUCCAUUUUUUAAAACCCAGGGCAACUAACCAAUCACAAUAUUAUGGUUUGGUAAUAUUCAUUCCUUAAAAAACCAAUUAUUUUAAAAUUAACUUCAACUUGCAAAUCAUGUUUUCUUUGGCUUAAACGUCAGCUCAUGAAAAACUGGUAUUUUCAAAUACUGGAAAAAUAUUGAUAGUUUGUAUAUGUGUAGCUCCAUUUAUGCUGGAUUCAGAGACUCCAGAAAGAGGCUUAGUUUUUAACUGUUAUGGGAAAUUAAUGCUCACUAAGGCCAUGUAUUUGUUUUAUGUGAGAUCUGUAACUCUUACUACUUUUAAAUUUUCCUUAUAGCCCUUGUUUAAGCCAUUUUUUAAUAUUUAGGUUGGAUCUUUAUUUUAAGUUGAUAUGUUUAGCUUGUUUUAUAUAAAUGGACAUUCAUUUUAUUUCUACAAUAUAACCAUCUUAAAGUAUCUUUGGGUUGUUAAUACUUUUUGUUGCUGUUGUUAUAUAUGAAUAUGACUUUACUAUGUAAUCCUGGGGUUGAUCUGUAGACAGCUAGUUUGAAUAUUCCUCAUUUUGCUAUCUUGCCUAUUCUGAUAACAGCAGCCAUAGUUAUACUGUUGUAGUUAUGGCAAAUAGCACAGUUAGUUAAUGUCAUUUUAGUCAGAAGGGAUGUAACUCAAUUCAAAAUGUGUCCAUUCUAGUUCAGUGUGUGUUCUUAGAAAUUAGUUUAUCUCUAAACUGAUGUGACACUGAAUAAGUGCUGUCUGUAGAUCCUUAACCCUCUGUUUUCAGUGAUUAGAAGUAAUACUGAGAAAUUGUUUUGUGGCCGCCAAACACUUAUUUAUUUAUUACAUAUUGAUGUUUCAAAUGUGGUUAAUUGAUCUUUAAAAUAAUUCUUGUCCUAUCAGAUUCUGGAUCGAUUUCUGUACUAAUUUUCAUACUGCUUUGGUUGUUUGUACAUAAGAUGGAUAAAUGGGUGCAGCAUAUUAAAAUAUCACUAUUUUAAAAAUAUAUUUUAAAGAAAAUAUACUUUUGGAAGCAAAUAUAUAUAUAAAUACUAUAUUGUAAGAUUUGUCAAACAUAUUUAACAAAAGCAUUUUAAAUAAAAUUAUA